UAUAUCGACUCACCAACGUUUCUCCACACAAAUCAAUCUCGUCACCACACCAUGGACAUGAAAACUCCACUUCUCACCCCACUCUCUCUCCUCCUCUUCUUCCUCCUCUCCUUCUCCCCCAAACCCUCCAAUGCAUCAUCCCUGGUCCUCGACACUGAUGGCCACGAGCUCCAGACCGGAGUUGGCUACUACGUCUUCCCGGUCAUCCGCGGCCGAGGCGGCGGCCUCACGCUAGGCGCCUCAAGGAGCGGCACCUGCCCACUUGCGGUUGUCCAGGAACAGAACGAGGUCUCCAAUGGCCUCCCCGUCAAGUUCUCCCCUGCAGAUGCCAGCACUAGCGCCGUUCACCUCUCGACUGAUCUCAAUGUUUGGUUUGAUGCGGCGACUAUUUGCGUGCAGUCCACUGUGUGGAGGCUCGGCACCUACGACGAGACAGUGGAGCAGUACUUCAUCGUGAGCGGCGGGGUUCUGGGGAACCCGGGACGCGACACCGUAAGCAACUGGUUCAAGAUUGAGAAGAUGGACGAGGAUUACAAACUUGUGUUCUGUCCCACGGUGUGCGACACUUGCAGGGUGAUAUGCAGGGACGUCGGGGUUUAUGUGGACGGUGGGACACGGCGUUUGGCCCUGAGCGACGAGCCGUUUAGGGUCAUGUUCAAGAAGGCAUGAGGCGCAGGUGUGACCGAAGUGCAUGCAGAUUACGCAAGGCAUAUUUUAGACAACACGCAAAGGGAAGGAAUAAUAAGUGCUAAAUAAAUAAUUUUAUGUAAAUCUUAUCUUUGUAAUGGUAUUUCAAAUAAAUUUCUAAUAAGAAGCCCGUGAGCUGAAUAAAUUUCUAGAUUAUUGAGUCGUAGUAUAUUCUAAUUAGAAAUAAAAUACACUGUAUUGAAAUCAAUUUCGAAAUUAUGUUCGAGGGAGUGACACGUGUAAAUUGAUCAGAUGCAUUUUUAUCAUCCUUUCGACUGCUAAUGAAAGAGACACGUCAAGUAAUUUCCAGUCAGUUAUCUCGUGCAUACUUUACGCUUCCGCAUGUUUUUAGAAUACAUGAGUAAAUUUAU